GAAGUAUUGGUCUCCAUAGAGACAAAAUCAGCUGCACGAGUUUUUUCGAAUCGAGCCUGACCACGCUCGGCUCUGGAAGUUGUCGCGUUUGUUUACGAUACUAAUACAACGUAAAAAUCAAGUGCUAUAAGUAAAAAAGUAUUGAAAAUGAGAUUUAAAAUAUCGCAACAAGGUCCUAAUCGUCACAGAAAAACAGUCACUUGCGUCGCAUGGAUAGCUUCUGAUGAAGUUUAUUCUUGUGGCGACGAUCACCAGCUGAUGAGCUGGAAGUUCGAGGGUGGAACGAUAAACGCCAAAGUCGUGACGGAGUUCCCGGAUGACUUUCAUCCGACCGACAUGUCGUGGCACCCGCGACCAGCUCAGACAAAUUUGGGCGCAGUCAAGAAGCAGGCCAUGGACGUUUUGCUCAUCACCACGUCCGACGGAAAGUUCCACCUGGUCAGUAAAACGGGAAGGAUCGAGAAAUCGGUAUCCGCCCACAACGGAGCAACUCUCUCGGGAAAGUGGUCCUACGACGGAUCGGCCCUGUUCACAGCCGGCGAAGACGGGCAGAUAAAAAUAUGGUCCCGCAGCGGUAUGCUGCGCUCCACCGCGAUCCGAGGCUCGCAGUCCGUCUUCGCGUCGGCCUGGAGUCCCGACAACUCCGCCAUCCUCUACUCUCAGGGCUCUCACCUCCUCAUACAGUCGCUGACGACGAGCUCCAAGCCGCAGAGGUGGGCAGCACACGAGGGCUUAAUACUAACCGUGAGCUGGAACCAGUUCCACGGUCUCAUCGUAUCUGGUGCGGAAGACUGCCGCCACAAGGUUUGGGACUCAAAAGGCAACCUCCUGCACGCGAGCCUAGUGGGCGACCAUCCGAUCACAGCGGUGAAUUGGUGCUUCUCCGGAAACUACUUCGCCGUUGGCUCUUUCAACACGCUCAAGCUUUGCGAUAAAACUGGCUGGCCGCACUCCCUGGAAAAAGUUCAGUCGGGCAGCAUCUACGACAUCGCCUGGUCGAGCGACGGCACGCAGGUGGCCCUGGCCUGCAGCAGCGGCAGCGUCCUCGUCGCUCACACCAUCGAGAAAAAACUCGAGUACAAGGGCUUCGAGGCGACGCUCGUAAAGCGCAAGGCGAUCCAGGUGACCGAUCUGAGCAGUGACGUGAACGAGAUCCUGGACAUAGCCGACCGAGUGAUCCAGCUGGAGUUUGGCUUCGAGCAUCUGGUCGUGGUGACGCCGAGCCAGUGUCACAUCUACUCCGUCAGCAACUGGAACACUCCGGCCAUUUUCGACCUGAAGAACGGCUCGGUCUCGGCCGUCCUACUUACCGACAAGCACUUUCUGCUCGUCGAGUGGAACGUGCUGUCGCUGUACAACUACCAGGGCAGAUCGAUCGGCACACCCAAGUGGAAGGGGAUGACGCCGGAGCCGAUUUACCCGCCCUGCAUAUCCGUCUGCCGCGACACGCUGGUCGUGCGCGACCAGAGCAACCGCAAACUCCUGCACGUUCUGGAGAUAUCGCCGAAGAAACCGGUAGCCGAGGCUCAGCCGUACACCCACGUUCAGGACGUCCUGAGUCUGGCGCUGAACUACGUCGGCGGAGUGACGGAUCGCCAGCUCGCGCUGAUAGACGUCAAUCGAGACCUCUUCCUCGUAUCGAUACGCUCCGCUGGAUUCGGUCGAGUUUGCAAAAUAGCUGUUAUGGCGCAGAACAUAGCUUGGGCAACCGACGCCAACGUGCUCGCGGGUAUGCUCGAGGCGACGCUGUCCGUCUGGCUGUGUCCGAACUGCGUUCACUACAGCGAUCGCAAAGUCAUACGAAAAACCCGCGUCGACAAGGAUAGCAGUGAAUUUGGCAAACACCCGAGCAUAGUCAGGGUUUCGAAUGGUCUAGUAACCGUUCGACGCGGCGACGGAGCUCUGGUUGUUUCCUCCUUCUACACGUUCUUCACGAGCUUGCAUCACCACAUUCUCGACGGACGCUGGGAGGAGGCUGUCUCGCUGUGUCGAAUAGUUCAGAACGAGACCCUAUGGACGUGCAUGGCAGUUAUGGCGAUCGACAGCAAGCAGCUGAACAUCGCAGAAGAAGCUUGCGCGGCGAUCGGCAGGUACGACAAAGUCGACUACAUUCGCUACAUAAAGAAACUCCCAAACGAAAUGGAGCGACUGGCCGAGAUGACUCUGCUUGCCGGUGACUUGCUGGCCGCCGAGGGUAUCCUUCUUCAGAACGGCUUGGUCCCCGAAGCCAUCCGGAUAAACAUUGCGAUGUACAAUUGGAAUCGGGCGCUGGAGCUCGCGCUGAAGCACAAAAAGUUGCUCGGCGAACUGCUCGAAGCCCGCAAGCGCUACCUCCAGGUGCUCGAGAAAAAGGAGGUCAAUCAGAGCUUUCUCGCCGUCCAGUCGAAUAUUGCCAAGUCUCAAGCGAAAAAGGAGGCGAGGGACAGGGAGAAAGAACUGGAGAAGGAGAAAGACAGAGAAGCGGAGAGGGCGAGCCGAGAGCUUAGAAGGCAAGCAUCCGAUAAAAGCUCUUCCGAAGCUCAAAAAGCCACGACACCGGAAGAAUGAGCUGCGACUCGUUGUGAGACUUUGCUACUUUUAUAUAAGUUAUUGAUUGACCAACGUGCAAAAAGGAAUUAUAGAAAUAAAUGUUGCUGUGCAAAGUCAUAAAUUGUGA